GCCACAGUCAGAGUACAAAAGUUUACACUGACAUCUGACAAGUAUCACAUCGCUGCAGGACUGUCAAGGGAAUCGGAGACUCACCCUCUCAAGUGAGAUAUAUAACGACUACACAUCACAGCCAACUACUCCCAUCACACCCGCUCCCACCCGCUCUCCUCACCAUGACCCGCCCCACAGACAUCUCUGCCGUUCCCUAUUCUGGACCCCCGCUCCACGGUGUCCCAGACGACCUCGUUGUGCAUGGUGUGCUCGACAUUGACAACUGUGACGAACGUCUCUGGGUACCUCAGACAAAGGACGUUUGGUUCCGACCGUUACUAUUCUCAGUCUCCCAAGGAUACUUUGUCAACCUCUUACGGGUCCGAAAAUCAGGCAUCUUAUCCCGUCAUCGACACACUGGUCCCGUUCACGCCACUGUCCUUCGAGGUCGAUGGCACUACCUCGAACACGACUGGUGGGCCGAGGAAGGCGGAUACGCUUUCGAACCUCCUGGUGAUAUCCACACGCUCGAAGUCCCCGAAGGCGUCGAGGAAAUGGUCACGCUGUUCCACGUCACCGGAGCCUACAUUUAUGUGGACCCCAAAGGGAAUGCCCAGGCGAUAGAGGAUGUGUUCUCAAAGAUCGAGUUGGCGAAGGAGCACUUUGAAAAGGUCGGUUUGGGUGCAGACUACGUCAACAGGUUCAUCCGUUGAAGGGGGGAACGGUCACAGGGAGAAGUAGUAGAGGACAGGAGAAACAUCAGUCACAUCGGCGACCUUUCGUCAUGGUCUCCAUCACACUUGCAUGCACCAUUGUAUCCAUUCAAGGGGUUUGUUGCGAGGCGGAUGUGGAGCUGAGAGGCGAGAAUGGAGAUAGGCACUGACACUAGUUUUCAGUGUCCUUAUCUUUUGUGGCACUUUCUGAAAUGAAGAUCCUUUGAUAAGAU